GCGUUUUCUCUCUUAAUAUCUCACUUAUACAAAAUAUGUAAAAGAUCGUUACUUAAGUUUAUAAUUUCUCUGCAUUUAUGUGAUUUGAUGAGAACAGAGAAAGUGAUUUUAUAUUUUAUUUCUUUAAUGUAUGUUUUAUCCACUAUAUGUUAUGUAUAUUCAGCAGAGUUUCACAUCUCUCGCUGUUGACUUUAUGCAACGUUGAUGCGCUGUCCUUUAACCAGCUUUUGGUCGUGUUUGUCCCAGAUUCCAAUAAAGAGAUCUUGAGUGACCAUCCACCUGCUCUCAGUGUGAUUCCAUCCACGCAAAAGAAGACCGUCACAUUGGUGCCGUGACCCGGAUUUGGAGUGAGGUUUAGAGGGGUGAAUGUAACAGAGUCAAGCCGGUGAAGUGCUGAGCAAGUAUGUAAACCUCACUCAUCUGCCUCAACGACUCUCUAGCGACAGACGCUAGAGGCUGCGGUCGUUAGCCUCCUCGCUAGUUCGCGUGACUCCCAUGCAGAACCGACCCGGUUCGAAGCCCGCCUGGAGCAGUUUUAUAAUGCAGACACCAGGUGCUUUAAAGAUAGACCUCCAUAAGAGUGUUGUGUUGUGUGAUGGACCACCCCUGCACAUGUUGGAGGAAGUGAUGCAACUCAACUGGCUUGAUAUCAGAAGCCAGCAGGGGAAGCAUAUAUUGAUUGAAAAAACCCUUCCCUCGUUUGCGUCUAAUGCUGUGAAGAACAAUGAUUUCAACUCUCUUCUAGUCCUCCUAGAACACGUGGAUGUCAAUUCAGGAGACUAUAAUGGACAUACACCUCUCCAUACAGCCUGUGAAUUGGGCAACUUGGACAUGGCAAUGUUCCUGCUGGGAAAAGGGGCUUCACCUGAAUUCACCAACAGCUUUGGACAACGGCCAUUCCACUUGGCUAUUAAGAACAGGCAUUUUAGAGUUAUCAAGCUUCUGCGGUUGAGAGGGUUCACUUUGAAACUACACCCAGUGAGAAUUGCCAUUGAAAUGAUCCAAACAGUACGAAAGAGAGAUCAUGCGCUACUUCAUGCCUGGUUUCUGUCAGGGGUGGACAUGGACACCACUGACUACAAUGGGUGGACAGCAAUGGAGGCGGCUGUUCAUUUGGGGGACAAAACCAUGAUCUCCAAACUAGUGGACUACAGAACCACGCCAUUGUCCUCUGUGCCCGUGUAAAGGAGGAGAAGAGUCUCGCUUUAAUCUUUCCCCUUCUGCAGACUCUCUGCCCUGUACUGUAUAUAAACAUGUAAAUAGUUCUGUUCUGUUCUUUUUUCUUUUGUGUUCUUUUGUCAAUAAGAUUUGUGUUUUAUCAGCGUUAUAAAUGUGUUUUAAUAAACUAACAUUGAAUAUAA